CCUGUCACCGCCCACACGCAGUAAAGCACCCCAUGGCUCAAGCCAAACAAAUUACGUUCUACACUCACGCCCUCUCUCCCUACUGCCAGAGUGUACACAUCGCCCUCGAAGAAGCAAAGGCAGAGUACACCUCGUACCAUGUCGACUUGAAAGACAAGCCCGCUUUUUUUGUUAACGAGGUCAACCCGGUCGGUAAGGUUCCUGCUCUCACCUAUGGCGGCCCCAAGGUUAGCCCGGAGCAGCCCUCUCCGGAGUCCGCCAAGCUCAGGGAAUCUCGUGUCAUCCUUGAGUUCCUUGCCGACCUCUUCCCAGACUCCGGUCUUCUGCCGCAGGAUCCUGUCCUCCGCGCGAAAGCCCGCCUUUUCAUCGCCGUCUUCGACGCCCAGGCCUUCGACGCCUUCAAAGCGUACUUCUGGAUGAACGAGCCUGCCACCAAGCUCCUCGACGUAUUUGACGCGCUUCAGAAGCUCCUCCCCGCCACGGGCUUUGCUACCGGUGAGAAGUGGAGCAUCGCCGACAUGACAGUAGCGCCGCUUUUGUCAACCGUCGUUACGCUGCUCGAGAACGACUUAGGCGUUUAUCCCGUCGGCGAUGGCAGGAAUACUCUCGAGGUCCUGCGCGGCGAGAGGUUCGCUCGCUUCAGCACGUACAUCGACGAUCUCCAGGCUCAGCCAGGCUUCAAGGCUGUUUGGAACAAGGACGCGCAAAUUACCACUGGGAAGACCAACGCACGUUUUCAGCGCAAGUGAAGCGGCUUCUGUCAUGAAGCCGCAAAAUUCGUUACCAUCGUUAGUAUGUGAAGCAUAGAUAGGAUAGGUCACAAGAGAGGAAAUUUGUAUGGAUUCGCGCAAAAUGCAUAUACGGUUAGUAAAAACUAACAAUCCUCGUGUAAGCACACGGAGAAUGGUUACCUAGCAAUCUCUAGUAGGUCUGUUUCUACCGUCCACGCAAUUUCUGCGCCUUUCACGGAGCCGAGAUGAAUGGAUAAAUGACUUGGCAAGGUAUUUGGGAUGGCCGCCAUAUACAGCUUCCGGAAGCUCCCGAGUUCUCCGACGAAUGUAGAAGUCGAGUGACCCCCAAACAUUGAGAAUCUCA